ACGUCUUAUGUAGAGGACGGGUGCGUAAAGGCCACCUCUGACGUCUUGAGCCUGCGCCUUUUAGGGGACAUCUCUUCGGUCGGGCUGUCAGUUUUAGAAGAAUAGUAAACAUGGCCCUUAGGGUUAUCCGGCUGGCAAUUCCGUCCGGAUCAGCGUUCUUCAAUGCUGGGAUAACGGCACAGACGGCCGGUAUCCACACGAGUGCAGUACGAAACCUUCGUUAUGGCUGGUGGACCUAUGUACUGGGCGAGAGGACAACUCCAAGGUUUAAAGAGUUCAGCAAAAUCAUCUCCGUGGAUGGCAAUUUGGCCUCUGGGAAAGGGGCACUCGCGCAAAAACUGGCUGAUAAACUAGGUAUGCUUUACAUGCCAGAGGCAGACACUUUCUACAUGGACAAGAUGACUGGGGAGAAAGAGCCAUUGCCCGAAGCAUACAAUGGGAUGUGUAACCUGGAGAAGUUCUACACGGACCCCAAGUGUGGGGAUGGAAACUCCUACAGGCUACAGCUGUGGAUGUACACCAUGAGGCUGCUGCAGUACUCCGACGCCAUUGAGCACCUGCUCACCACUGGUCAAGGUGUGAUUCUGGAGCGCUCCCCUUUCAGUGACAUGGUGUUCAUGGAGGCUAUGUACAAACAAGGCUACAUCAGGAAACAAUGUGUGGACCACUACAACGAGAUCAAAGGCAUUAGCAUUUGCGAGUUCCUGCCGCCCCAUAUUGUGAUCUAUGUGGACCAGGCAGCCGAGGAAGUGCAGAAGAAGCUGAAACAAAGUAGCCAGUCUCAUCUGCAGAACGUGCCCCUGGCGUAUCUCAAGGCAAUUGAAGAUUCGUACAAGAAGAACUUCCUGCCAAAGAUUGGCGAAACCUCAGAAGUGCUUGCCUAUGAUACAGUUCAAGCCCAAGAUAUCGAAAGGGUUGCAGAAGACAUAGAGUAUUUGAAGUUUGAGAAGGGACCAUGGUUGGAUCAGGAUGACGUCAGCUACCACCACAUGAGAAUGCUUGUGGAAGACAAACACAAGGUGGCCAACCUCACCUUCAUCCCCAAGUUCCUGCCGGAAAUCACCAUUGGCGCCCACGAGUACGACGAAAGCUACUACAAGUUUAAAUCGCUCCCCGGGAAGAAGUACGCAGAAGGUUAUAAUGAGGACGUCGGAGACAAGAACAUCUGGCUGAAGUAAACAAUGGAGGCCAUUGCACCAUUGUAAAGUUCAUUUUUCAUUUGUGCACAAAAUACUCUGAUCUGCCCCAUGGGCAGAGAAAAUUGAUGCCCAUGUCCUAUUUCAGAACAUGCACUGCUUCUGUUAUAGUCUGUCUGCAUUAAGUUGAAUUAUACACCCUAACAUGUAUGUAUUAAAAAAACGAGAUCCAUUUUAAA